ACACACCGUACCCUAAGCAAAUAUGUCUAAAAUAGACGAAUUAUUUGAUAAAAAGAAAGAUGAGGCUCCCAUGUUGGACUUGUCUAAAACUGUGAUAAAUACUGCUGAAGAAUAUAGAGCAGUUUUAGAUAAAGUACCGGACUUUAAAACUCGACCAGAAAAGGUAAGAUCAGAAGACGUCAAAAUCAAAGAAGACAAUAAGACCAAGACACCUCGCAAAGAAAUAAAGGCAUACGAAACAUUGGGAACCAGAGGAUACGAGGAGAAACAUUUUACAUUCAUGGAUCCUAUACCGGCAGAAAUGAAAGGACUGAAAUUUGAAGAACUGUGUAUUGUCCCUAUUGAGUGGCGGAUGCUUACUUCUAUCAGGCCGAAGUUGAAAAUGGACGAAGAAUUUUUUAACAGGUUAGUAGAACUAGGCAAGUCCGAGCUUAAAACAAAAGCAAAAGAUAAAAGAGAUUACGCUAAAAACUUAAUGUUCCGAAAAACGAAAAAUCGUUCAGGAGUGACCGAAACACGAAUAAUAUCUUGCGCGGAAUGCGGCGAAGAAUACUGCAACGGUAAAAUGUGCGCCAUUACAAACUACGAUAUGUUCGCCCGUUUGAAAAUAGAAGUGGAAACAAAAUCAUCGCGAGCACAGGCAGCACCGACGCAGGGCCUCGGCAAAAUGAAAAAACUUCGGCGGCGCCCAAAACGUAAGAUGCGCAGUAAAAGUGCUGCACCCGAACUAAGCAAGGCGCAUAGGAAUAAGUCGGGAGCUAAAAGCGAUUCCGAACUUUAACCUAUCUUCGCAAAAAAUCCCACCAUCUUGCUCAGACUAAUAAAUUGUCACUUAAAAAAUAUAUUUCAAGUUAUGGAAUAAUUGUCAUUUACCUGCACAUUCGAGGAGUUCUUCUCGAUUUCUCUGGAUUCCUCGGAUUCCUGAUGACAUGAUGCCUCAUGAUGACUUCAUUUGAUACAGAUGCUUCGUCUCUCACAAGACACAAUAACUUUUUUAUCUUUUCAUAAGAAAUAUUACUUAUCUACUUACUCUCAAUUACUGAAUUGAGUCUUUAGUCACUGGACUAAAGACGCCUUUAAGGUACAGUGGGACGAGUCAACCUACUUCUUCCUGUCAAAUUCAUCUAAAUUAAUGUUUACAACUUUAUUGUUUUGAUAAAAAGACGAAAAUCCCUUGAAAAAAUUGGUGACACUAAAAUAUCGCAGAUCCUCCAAAAAAAUAACCUUUCAGCCUAGAGAGGCUUAUUAUUGUGUAGAGAUUAUAAGUUUUCUUGACAAAAAUUAUGAACAAUAUAAUUAUUGAUCUAUCUAUACAGUUGGGUAAAUUAUUUGUUUAUAAAUAUGACCAAAAAUUCUGGCCAAGUUUCAAGUUCGUGAAUAAUAAUUGAUAAACUCGCACUAUCUUUCCUAUGGUUAGAUUAUACAUACAUUUAUUAAAUAAUCUAAGUCUAACCAACCACUGUAUUUUUAAUCUUCAAUGAGAUAGAUAUUAAGGAGACAGACUGGUAUGAUAAUUUGUAUGCAGAUUAGAUUUUCACCUACGCCUAUAUAACCUAGUCGAUAUAAUCACAGUUUUAUAUUCUCAAUCGAAUAAAAUAUUAAUAUUAACUCUAGUUGUAAGAUAACAUUGUAUACUUACUUUACUUGUACUUUGAAUCUCAAUUUUGUACUGGUAAUUUUAUUAUACGAUUAUAUUAUAAUGUGAAGCACUAUCUGUCCAUUUUAUUUACCUAUACACACUACACAU